GCAUGGAGGGCGGCGGGGAGGCACUGCCCGCCGAGCUGCGGGAGCUGGCCGGCAAGGUGGGGCGGCGGCCGCCCGCCGGGCUGCUGCGGGGGUUGCGGGCCGACAGCGGGACCGCCACCGGGAUCGCCACCGGGACCGUCGCUCCCCCCGCACCGCCCGCACCGGCCCGCGGCGCUCGCCCGCCGCUCGCCGAACGCCUCCGGGUGCUCCGCCUGGAGCUGGCUUAUCUGCGAGCAGUGGAUGUGAAGAUCCUGCAGCAGCUGGUGAUGGUGAACGAGGGCAUUGAGGCAGUGAAGUGGCUGCUGGAGGACAGGAGCACACUGACCAGCCACUGCAGCAGCCUGGCCAGCAGUCAGUACAGCCUGGUGGAGAGCCAGGCAGCCUCACGGCGGGGCAGCUGGGACAGCCUGCAGGACCCCAACGACAGGCUGGACAGCAUCUCUGUUGGGAGCUACCUGGACACGUUGGCUGAUGACAUGGAUGAGUAUUCCCAAAAUGCUGCUGAAACCACUGCUGCGUCUGUGCCCGGCAGAGCUCUGGUCAGGGUGGAGCAGGAUUGGGUCAGGAUUGAUCCCGAGAGGGGUCCUGCAAAGCAGGAGAAGGGCAAAGCAGAGCACGAGUGGCCCCAACUGGAUCUCUCCCCACCCGUGCUGCCCCAGGAUCACCGGUUUGCUAAGGAGCCCCAGGUGGCCAACGGGUAUCUGGGUCAGCAGUCCUCCUCUCUGGAACAUGGCAGAGACACCAAAUUGGCUUCUGGGGCUGAGGAAAAACUGGGGAAGGGGAACCCAGGUGGGAAGGCUCGGAAAUCUGAGGCUGACUUUGAGAACUGCAAACUGAACAGCAAACUGCACCUGGAGUACGAUGCCCACUGGCGCUGGCUCCAGUCUCAGGAUGAUGUGACAUUCUUGUAGCCUGUGGCUUUGCUUUCCCAGUCCAGCUCUCCCGACUGCCUGCUCUGCUUCACUUGUCUCUGCUGGGAAGAGUAGGAGUGGCUGGGAAGGGGGGAUGGGCUGGCUUGGUGGUGUUGCACUGUUCCUCUGACCCCCCCCCCCACCAUCAGCAUUUGGUGAUGAAAGCCUAAGGGAUGGGAUGCCCACCCUGUGGUGAAUUUUUGGGAGAGUCAGGAUGAGGUGGGUCCCUGUAAAUUUAUGUCUUUGCUCUGGGGUGGUGCAUGCAGGUGCCUGGUCACUCCUCUGUUGUCCUUGACGUUGGUAGCAGGGAAGGUUUGGUGGGGAAUCCUGGGGCAGCAGGACUCCUAGGAGUCUUCUCCCCUUUAAUUCUCAGCCUCCUGCCUGCAAAAACUGGCGACCUUUCUUCUGAACUGUCUGCCCAGAGAGGACAGGAGAUGCUCCAGUGCAUUCACAGCUCAGUGGCACCAGCAUGUUUGGUGUGAGCUGUGGGGCAGGGCCAUCCCUGUUGGAUGGGCUCAUCUCCACCAACCCCUUGGAUGACACUGGAUGGCCAGUGUCCAUCCAGGGUGGAGCUGACCUGGGGCAUCUGAGGUUUGCCCACACCACUUGUUGGAUGCUAAAACCCCCUUCUCAGAGGGUGAAGUCCUGCCUGGAUCAACUCUGUGAGGCUGAUCAGAAGCAUGAUCAGGGCUGUCACUGUAGCUGCCCCUGUUGGAGCCUUUGUCCAUGCCCCAUGGAGAAAAGAUGGCAGUGUAGACUCCCCUUCCCCAUGUGAUUACAUGAGAAGGGCAAAGCACUGGGUGGGAGAUGGAGAUCCAGUUCUCCUAGUUUUUCGGCACUGUCCCCCAGCUUGGGACAAAGUCUUUCAGAAGCUCUGGGAUGUGGCAGCACAUGGGCAGCCUUGUGGACUGGCAGACUUGGAAAAGCUGAUGAUUUCCCCUGAUGCUGUGUGAUGGGGGUCAUGGCUGGGAUUCUCCAUCUGUGUGGUGAAUGAUGCCAGGUCUCUACCCCCUUCUGGUAAUCAGAAACGUGAGGCUUCUCUGCCAGGGUGGAUUUGCAGUGACUCUGCCCUGGAGACAGCUCUGUCCUUUUAAAAAGCCUUGGCUUCUGCCUGUGCCUUUUUACUGUCCACCCCCCAUGCCCCCCAGCAUACCCCUUGCUGGCUUGUAGAGCAUGGCUUGCAGCUGGAGCCCUGUGCAAGCUUGAGCAGGACCUGCUCCCUUCACCAGACCAUGCAGGGAAGGACCUGGGCAUCCAGCAACCCCCUGCUUCAAGGAGAGGGGCCUGGACAAGCCCAGAGACUCCUGGCUUCAUGACCCACUGGUGUAUCUGAGUGCUGUGACAGCUUUGCUGUGGUGACAGUGCUGCUGUUCCCCUGCCUGCGUGGGUGGCAGGCUGGCUUUUCCCUUGCUGGGGUGGUGGGAGUGGGGACAACAUCUCCUGAAGUCAGUGGGAAGCCAAGAGAGAGAAGACCAGGCUGUGACUGAUUCUGGACACGGGCUGUGAGCUGGCUGUGGUCAGGAAGGUGGUCGAAUGCACAGCAGGUUCAGCUUUGUGUCUCUAGAGCAGCACCUUCUGUGGAAACCACCCCAGCACCCUCCCUUCCCUGCAAAUCCUCAGGGCUUCCCUGGAUGGACAUGGAGGGCAGGACAACAUCCAAACCUCCCAGAGAUGGCAUCUGCCAAGGACUUUGGGGAAUCCCGGCAAACUAGGACUGGGUUCCCCUGUGUGAGCAUCCCAUCUGCCCUGCCUGCCCCGGAGCUGUUGCCUCGUUGUCACCUGCCAGCAGCUUGCGGCUCCCUGUGUAGCUCUGUCACUGCUGUGGAGCCACCGUGUCCCCUGAGGCUGGCUGUCCCCUGCUUCCCUUCUGGUCCUGCAUGCAAUGAACUGGCUGAGGGUCCCAGGAGAAGAUGGGGUAUGUCCUCCAGUGCUGUUAAAAUAACCCUUGUCAAAAAAUAGUUGGCUUAAUAAAUGGUAGCGCUUCUCCCA